GGCCUAUAUAAUCUCGAAAUCGCUCAAAUCCCCGCCGUCAAUUAGGACGAAAGACUACAACGACAACUGUCAGCAAAAUGGGAAGUACCGUUGAAUCUCCGGGUCAUGACAUCGCGCAAGCGCUUGCGAAGCAUGGCGUGAAUGUUGAGAACGUCGCUAAGAACGGUAGUAGCUCUCCGGUAUCCGUUCUGAGCUCUCUCUAUCCCAAGCUGAUCGUAUCCGACACCGAUACCUGGCGCAAGCAAUUCUUCUCUGCACACCAACAGUCUGCAAAGCCUUCACUUAUCUUCCAACCAACUUCUUCCAAGGAUGUCGCCAUUGCACUGCUCCUGUGUCGGCAGAGCAAUACAAAGUUUGCUGUAAAGAGUGGUGGGCAUGCGGCGAUGACCGGCGCCUCUAGCGCUGAUGAGGGUAUUGUGAUUGAUUUGAAGAACUUGAACUGCGUUGAGUUGAGUGAGGAUAAGAGUAUCGCGAAGAUAGGCGCUGGAAAUAGGUGGGAGCAUGUUUUUGAAAAGUUGGCGAAAGAUGGGCUUGCUGUAGCUGGCGGACGCUCAGGUGAUGUUGGUGUUGGGGGGUAUUCGCUUGGUGGCGGCAUCUCAUUUUUUGCUUCUGCUAGGGGGUGGGCAUGCGACAACAUCCGCAACUUUGAACUGGUUACCGCAGCUGGAGACGUUCUCGAUGUAAACUACCAGUCUUACCCAGACCUCUUCUGGGCACUGCGCGGCGGCGGCUCAAACUACGGCAUUGUAACUCGCUUCGACUACGAAACUUUCCCGCAGGGCGACAUCUAUGCUGGCAACGUGUUGUUUGACUACGAGCACAAGGAUGCUGUCGUCAAAGCCUUCACCAGCUUCGCCUACAACUCGGAUCCGAGUUCGGCUACAUGGCUAACCGUUGGGCAUCACGAAGGCAAGAGGCUACUCGUCACAUUGGCAAUGUACGCAGAGCCCACGGCAGAGUUUGACCUUAUGAGGGCGUACGGUGCCAUUCCCUCCCUUCAUGGCGGCCAAAAGGUACGCAGCAUGGCGAGCAUGGUGCACGAGAUAGCCGAGGGACAGGCGAAGGAUCACCGGCAGAACUACUGGAAUCAUACGUUCAAAUUUGAUGCCGAAUUCAUUGACUGGUUAGUCCAAAUGUAUUUCACCGAGUUUGGGCCGUAUGUAGGCAAGUACGAGAGUGACCUGGCAUCCGUAUUUGUCAUGCAGUACUAUACGAAGGAAUCAAUUCGGUAUAUGCAUAGCGAAGGAGGUAACUGCUUACCUCUGAAGGAAGACGAGGCGCCGUAUGUAAAUCUCCUGAUACCGACCGCUUGGAAGCAUGAGAAAGAUGACGAUUUUGUUUUGGGAUUAUCGAAGAAAAUCAUGGAUUUGGCGGUGGAAGAGGGGAAGAGACGGGGAUUAUUCGUGGAUUUCAUCUAUAUGAACUAUGGGAGCAUGUACCAAGAUGUGCUGAAGGGGUAUGGAAAAGAGAACUAUGACAAGCUAAAACGGGUGGCUGCGAAGUAUGAUCCUGAUAGCGUUUUUCAGACCCUGACGCCGGGGUACUUCAAAUUUGGCGGGGCGCCAGCAUGAGUAUCGCCAUACCUAGGAAUCAACAUUCAAGCGCCUCA